AUGGCAAAAGUUGUGGAUGCUGCCUUUACCAAGGACCUUCCGAAGGUUGAACUGCAUGCUCACCUCACCGGAAGUAUCACUCCACACUGCCUUCACCAGAUAUGGACCCAAAGAAGGUUGGAAGACCCAAACAUGUCACUGCAGGACCCAUUAGAGGCUAUGUCAAGAGACAAAUCAUGGGAUAUCAUGACGUUCUUUCCCUUGUUCUCAAAGUACAUCUACGAGCUAUGCUCCACGCCCGCAAGCAUCAUUUACUCUACCAACGCCGUUCUGCAUGACUUCAAAGAUGAUGGCGUCGUAUAUCUCGAGCUCCGAACUACCCCUCGCUCUUCUUCUUCCAUGUCCAAAGACGACUAUAUCACUACCACUCUUUCCUGCAUUGACCGUUUUCCAGACCGCAAUGUCAUGGCCACGUACCUUAUCCUCUCCGUCGAUCGUCGCAAUUCCCCUGAAGAAGCAAUCGAAGUGGUCGACCUAGCCAUCCGGUACCGAUCAAGGGGCGUUGUUGGCGUCGACCUAUGCGGUGAUCCAAGCAAAGGCGAUGUUUCAACGUUCAAAGAAGCCUUCCAUAAGGCCAAGCUGUAUGGAUUGAAGAUCUCGCUGCAUUUCGCGGAAAUCCCUGCUUCAUCUUCAUUACUGGAGCUGAGUACCUUGCUCUCCUUCCAACCAGAUAGACUGGGUCAUGUUAUCCAUGUUCCCAACGAAAUCAAGGAUCAGGUGAAGGACAGAAAGCUUGGCCUCGAGCUUUGUGUCUCGUGCAACGUGAAGGCAAAGCUGAUCGAAGGCGGUGUGAUAGACCAUCAUUUUGUAUCUUGGGUCAAGACAGGAUGUCCUGUCAUUUUAUGCACGGACGAUGUUGGCGUCUUUGAUAGUACAUUGAGCAACGAAUAUCUCCUGAUUGCUCAAGCUUUCAAUCUAAGCCGAAACGAUCUGAUCGACCUUUGUGACCGAGCAGUUGAGGCCAUUUUCGGAGACAAGCACCAGAAGCAGAGACUCUGGGCACUUAUCAAUGAUGCUAGGGUGAAAUGGAUGCACACAGAUUGA